AUGUCCCGAAUGCCCGUGUUUGGACCAGGCCUUGAGGCGGACUACACAAAGAUAGUCCAGAUUGUAGAGACACAGAUUGAAACGCUGACAUACAAAGUAUGGCGACGCCACGAAGUGAUCGAGAAAUUAGAAGCCCUUUGUCGCGAGCUAGUAUUCCAAGCAACUUGUGAUGAACGCAAGUCUCGCAGUCAUCUUCUUGGAUAUGCGCAAUUCCAACGUUUCUGCAUGACACUCAGACUUUGUUUACCCGAGGCAAUCCUCGUCCUCGAGAGCGACUGGACUAGUUAUGAGAUAAGUAGCCGGGCCUUCGACUGGGAAAGAGAGGAUGUGAUUGAAUAUACGGCGGCUUGUAUCCUUAAGGAGACACUUGUCGCUGCACAGUCAACUGACUGGUAUCUUUGA